UAUUCAGCCUCCAUCUCGUGAAAUCUAUCACCCGCCGAUGACUCGGACCAGAGUCAUCCUGGUCUGUUCUGAAUUCAAUGUUUCACGUCGGUUUGACGGUGAACAUAGAGAAAGGCGAUGAGAACACGCCCAAGUCAGCAGACCUCGGCCAAGGCAACUGCUGAUCCAUAUCUGAAUCAACAAUUACAACAAUUACCAGGAUUUGUAAAUGUUUUUGUGGCCAGGGUAGCAAAUGGACUCGGAGCGCCUAUAAAAGGUCUCAUGCGCUGGCGACUACUAGUCUACGCCGUGUCGUGGCAAGCCUCAAGAGGUCCUAGUAAUUACAAGACCCAUCUGGUGGUACUCGAGCCUCUGGUGACCAGGACAUACAUAUCCCGCACUCAUAAUGGUGUCGAGCUUGAAGGCUGCGGUCGUCGUCAGCCUUCUUCAUAAUGCAUUGGCAGCUGCCACCACCGCCACUACCACUGCGCUUGGAACUGCGGUGCCAACGCUGACCAUUUCGACGGCGGUGGCUAGUCCUAGCGCAUCACUGGGUGCGACUCUGCCUUCGCAGGCACCACUACCCCCAACCCAAGGAUGGUGCAUUGGUCAAAUAUUUUGCGCUGGUUCAUUGCUACAGACAGUUAACAUUGCUCAAGUAUACUCUGACCCGAAGACGUUCGUGGACAAGCCAACCAGCAAGUCUUCCCAGCAAGUUCUUGCAGAUUUCAGCAACUUCAACGUGUCGACGGUUACCGAAGGCCAGAUCGUGAAUUUCGUUGAUACUGAUUUCCUUGGAGAAGGACUUGAACUGGAGGCUGCCGCUCUCACGAACUUCAAUCCUACUCCAGCGUUCCUCAACAAUGUUACGGACCCCUUGUUAAAGGCGUUUGCGCAAACCGUCCAUGACUACUGGACUCAGCUGGCCCGGAAUACCAACCAGUCUGCUCUUUGUAGCGAAUACCCCAGCGGCACGUGCGAGAGCUCGUUGAUUCCCCUGAACCAUACUUUCGUGAUCCCCGGUGGUCGCUUUAGAGAACAAUAUUAUUGGGAUAGCUAUUGGAUUAUUCAGGGUCUGCUUCAGUCAGAGUUAUAUUCAACUGUAAACGCGACUUUGCAAAAUUUCAUGGAUGAGAUCGAGGGCUUCGGUUUCAUUCCGAACGGUGGUCGUAUCUAUUACUUGAACCGCUCACAACCACCUCUCUUUAUUCAUAUGGUAUACGACUAUGUUAACGUGACUGGUGAUACCUCAAUCCUACAACGUGCUCUUCCUUUGGCUGAGGCUGAGCUUGCUUGGUGGGCGAAUAAUCGUACUAUCGAGGUUACGAGCCCAUACACCAACCAGUCUUACAUGAUGGCACACUAUGCGGUCAACAACACUGCUCCUCGGCCCGAAUCCUACCUCACUGAUUAUCUGACCGUUAACGACCCGACACUUUCUACGCCUCUUACAGAUACUCAGGCUGCCGACCUUUACAGCGAGCUCGCAUCUGGCGCUGAGACUGGAUGGGAUUACAGUUCACGCUUUGAGGCUAUCCCACAACUUGGCAACCCUGGCCUGCGCUCGCUCAAUGUGAAGAACAACAUCCCAAUUUGUCUUAACAGUAUUCUGUACAAGGCAAGAGUACUUCUUGCUGGCCUCUAUGGCACGUCCAACCAGACUGCGUCUAGCACCCACCUCCAAGUUGCUGCCGGCAUUCGUGCGGGUAUCCUCGACCUCCUCUGGGACCCGGUCAAGCUCGCUUUUUACGACUUCAACCUGACUUCGAAUGCACGCAAUGACAUAUUUACGACCGCAACUUUCUAUCCUGUUUGGAACGGCAUCAUCCCAAACGAAGUCCUUGCAUCCCAAUCCAACGCAUUUGGUUACUUUGCAGCGGUCAAUUUGGUGGUGAACAAGUACAAUGGCACAGUUCCGGUUACUUUUGUUGAUUGGACUGGCUUGCAAUGGGACGCCCCGAACUCCUGGCCCCCACACCAGUACAUCAUCAUGCAAGCACUUCGGGCUAUUCCGUCUAAUCUUACCACCAAUGGGCUGCCUACACCCAGUUCAAGCCAGUCUACAUAUGAUCUCGUUCCGGCAGGCCAGCUUGCAUUUACGGAAGCUCAGCUUCCUGGUCAACCUUUCAGCGGAGCACAAGCCAAUCAGAAUGCGACCGCAACUGGUCCAGCCGCAGACAUCAACAAGUUAGACGGUACUGUUGUCAACGGCGGAAAUGCCACUGCGGGCGAAGGGUGGAGAGACACGCUUCAGCGCGAGAUGGCUAACAGAUAUUAUACAAGCGUGCUCUGCAGUUGGCAUGCCACUGGCGGUUCGAUUCCGGGAUUGUUGCCCCAGCUCCCAGCCAGUGAAUUAAAUCUGACCGGCAGUAUUGGUAACACCGGUAACAUGUUUGAGAAGUUUUCCAACCUCAAUGUCGACUCUUCCGGAUAUGGCGGCGAAUACACCGUUCAAGCUGGAUUUGGAUGGACGAAUGGUGUGCUCCUUUGGGUUGCCUCUACAUACGGCGAGCAGCUCGUCGCUCCGCAGUGCCCAGCACUCGUCGCUGCUGCUGCUACUACCACGAGUGCGGCUGUCGGUCUACAGGCAUCGUUCGGGGCCGUUAUCACUGCUGUAGUGAUAUCUUUUAUGGCAUCUGCUUUCUUAUUGUAAACGUUGCAGGUGUCAG